CCAAGAGUAAGACCGAGCAGAUUAACAAUAAAAAGAGAUGGUAGCAGACAUGGAGAUGGAGAUGGAAAUGGAAACUGAGUCUGAGUCUGAGACUGAGAAGCUACAGCAUCUUUAGCUCGAGUUUACGCGCUCACUUUUAGUGUCUCGCCAACUCUUUCCCGAUCUACUGAUAUUUUAAUAUUCAAAUAUCGAGCAAUCCCGGAUACGCGGUCAUGAGAUCAGGAUACGCGGAGGCUCCUUAUUUUUUUUAUACACAAUUUUUUUUUUAUAUUCCCUCAACAUGUGAACGUCAAAAGUGUUUCGAUAUUUAAAUUAUAAUUUUUAAUUAAGACACGAACGUGUGUUUUAUCUACCAGUGGAUUAAUAUAUUUAUAUAUUUAUAUAUAAGUGAGUUAAAAGUCUACAUAAUAUUUAAAAAAAUAAUAAAUAGUCAAGGUUAUUUAUAUGAAUAAUUAAAUGCGACAUUAAAUAUAUGUGUUGAUAUAUGUGUUAAUAAAUAUAAGAUUGAAUUAUAAAAUAUAUAUUAUGCAAUGUAAUGAUUUAUAAGAGACAAACAUCAAUAAUGUCUUCGAAAAAAACAAAUCAGCGAAAAUUUUCUACGACCAAGACCGGCUCGAAAUUAGGAUCGAGUAAUAGGGGAGACAAAGUUGAGAGAUGCAGGGGAAGAUGCAGAGUCCAGUGGAGCGAAAAACACGUCAAAGAGGGCCUGGUUUUGGUACAGGAGACACAAUUGGCGAGGGUGGUUAAGACGGGCCCGAUUGCUGAGCAUUACGAAAUAGACCCGAAACCGUUUGCGAGUGGCCAGUGGGCAAAAGUUUAUCGUUGUCGAUCAAGAUCAACUGGUACUUUGUAUGCUGCUAAAUAUUCAUCAAGAACACGUUUCAAUACUGAUUGCAGUGCUGAGCUUCGUCAUGAAAUAGCAUUAUUGUCACUUUGCUCACAAUCACCACGUGUUGUACGUCUGCAUGAUGUUUAUGAGACUCCGAAAGAAAUUAUUUUAGUUAUGGAAUUUGCACCAGGUGGUGAUUUACAAACGCUAAUAGACGGUGACUUAGUGCCACUAGAAGGAGACGUAGUGCAUUUUGUAAAACAGCUGGUAGAAGGACUCGCCUACCUCCACGAGAGAAAUAUCGCCCAUUUGGAUAUCAAGCCGCAAAAUUUAGUCAUGAUGGGAACUUUUCCCGAGUGUGAUGUCAAAUUAUGUGACUUUGAAAUAUCACGUGUCGUCCUAGAAGGCACUGAAGUGAGAGAAAUUCUUGGGACACCUGAUUACGUUGCUCCGGAGAUUCUGCAUUAUGAGCCGAUAACACUUGCGGCGGACAUGUGGUCUCUUGGUGUGACAACGUAUGUGUUGUUGACGGGAUUUUCCCCGUUUGGAGGAGAAACUGACCAAGAAACUUUUCAAAAUAUUUCGUUGGGCGAAGUCGAUUUCCCGGAGGAAUUGUUCGAAGAUGUUUCAACCCAGGCUAAAGACUUUGUUGCUAAGCUUCUCGUGCUUGACCCUAGCGCACGUAUGUCAGCAAAACAAUGUCUGCGUCACGAUUGGCUGAAAGACGCGCCAACACAGGCAUCACCGCACCUCCGUAGAUAUUUAUCAAAGUCACGUGAAGUUUUAUUAGAGCGUGUGGUGAGUCGUGAGAAUCUUCGACGCGUCGCUCUUAUGAAUCAGCAACAUCCAUCAUUAGCAUUAACAUCAAGCCAAGCGAAUUUGCGUGAACCAGAAGGACAGCUCGCCGGUGGACUCAGUCAAAGUGAAAUGUGUCUGAACAUAACCGGUAGUCACGCAAGUUUAAUAAACAGCGAAUGUUACAUGACCCCAUCAAAUUCACAAACAAGUUUGAAUUCAUCACAAAGUUUGUCUACAUCACAACACAGUCUCGCGACAUCCCAAGCGAGCCUCGCAACUAGUCAAAAUUAUUUACUUAACGCCGAGCAAACCCAGGGAUUACUCUCCCAAGUACAAAGUCGCUCCCACGCAAAUUUGAAUCACGCGAACCGCCGCGGUUUGCUAUCGCGAAUGCGCAGUUUGAAUCAAAUCCAAUCGCAAGCCUGUUUGAUAACCCGCUCGUCCCAGCAGAAAGAAUUUCUGAUAAAUCCUCUGUUCGGAAGUCGGUCCCAGGAGAAAUUAUACGGCCUCAAGUGUCUGUCUAAGUCCCAGGGUGUGCUCGACAUUUACCACAGUCUCGAAUCGAUCAGAAAAACCGGCCGUAAAAAAGAUCAAAGUGAAAAAAAUGUCAUCGCCAAUAAAUAUUUGAACGAAAGAUUUUCUUCCCGCGCUUUGGAACGAUGCGAAAGUGCCGGCGAUGUUCUCACAAGUUCUUUUAACGUCCGUUCUUUGAACCUCGACGCGAACCUUAACCUCGGAGACGAAACGAACCACAAAAUGGCGGAUGGAAAUCAAAAUGAAUUACAGGGAGAGAAGAGUUCGGAAAAGAAAAUCAAUGACUCGGAAGAAAAUUUUGACAGCCUUCAGUCAGUCGAGUCGGACACGUUGACUGAAGACUCCGACGAAACAGACCCGCGAUUGGUCAAAACGUCAGUUCGUCAGAAUUCCGACAUUUCUUCUCACUCGAACAACUCCGGAAAUUCCGACGACAAAAAUCACUCGGACGAGCCCUCGGAGUCUGAGAACGACGAGCCCAAGUACACGGUAGCGCAGUUGGUUUCCGCUUUUAAUAAACACCAAGAAGUCGCAUCGCAGACUAGUUUGGAAGCCAUAAUGACCGAAAAACGCGUUAACGAGGUUAACUUUCCAACGGGACCUAAAGCGUUGCGACUUUUUAUCCCGGAUAUCAACAUCCAGGAGCGCGGGAUCGUCCGAAGGAAGACGAGUUACAAGCCGCGGAAAAAUUGGGAAGAACUGAGAAAACGCAAUGAGAAAAACGAAGGGUUGAUUAAAGAUUUCGACAAUGAUUCGGGUAAUGAAGACGAUCUGGUUAAUCCAGAUGCCUGUGAUCAGAACAAAGUCGUGGGGGAUGAAGAUGAUCGGGAAAAUUCGAUAGUAAAAAAUAAUGAAUGGACGGAAUUGUUUUCAGAUCAAAUUGAAGAAAGUCUUAAUAAAAAUAUUAUUAUUAAUGAGAAAUAUAAACAAUGCGUCGAUGUCGCGAAUUCGAAUAAAUUAAUUAGAGAAGAUGAUAAAGAUCGGGCGGUUAAAGAAGACGAUAGCCGGAUUAAUCAGACGUUAAUCGAAGAAUUUGGUAAAGAAGAAAUGAUUAAACCGAUUAAUCAAACGUUAAUCAAAGAGAUGGGUAAAGAAGAAAUGAUUAAACCGAUUAAUCAGACAUUAAUCAAAGAGAUGGGUAAAGAAGAAUUGAUUAAACCGAUUAAUCAGGCGUUAAUCAAAGAGAUGGGUAAAGAAGAAAUUAUUAAACCGAUUAAUCAGGCGUUAAUCAAAGAGUUUGGCAAAGAAGAAAUGAUUAAACCGAUUAAUCAGACGUUAAUUAAAGAGAUGGGUAAAGAAGAAAUGAUUAAACCGAUUAAUCAGACGUUAAUCAAAGAUUUUGGUAAAGAAGAAAUGAUUAAACCGAUUAAUCAAAGCAAGUUUUCGAAUUCGCGGUCGUCUUAUUUCAAGGAACGGAUGCCGAAUUAUAUUUAUCCGGAAGUGUUGGCUUGCACGAAAGAUGAAGAAGACGAUAAGAAGAAAGUAGUAAAUAUUUCUAGAGAUAGUUCUGUUAACCUUAAAGACAUUUUGAAAAUGGACGGCAAUAAGGAAGCGCAGAAAAAUAUUGAGAAGUUGAGGAAGAGAACUUCGAUUACUAAAAUAAUUGUCACUGAUAACAUGAUUACUGAUGAGCAAUUAAGUAAAUCGAAUUGUGAUGAAGAUAAAGUGAAAAAUGACAAGAGGUUAGAACGGGUGUGUUCGUCAUCGAGUGAAGAUCCUGAUGGUAAAGAAGAAAAGCGCAAGGACGGUAAUAAAAAUUUGAAUGUUUACGAUAAGAAAUUAACGAAAGAAGAAAAGAAAAUUUGGGGUAAAGUUUGUACGGGUUCUUACACGCGCGCGAUGGAAAAGUUUAAUGGUAAGAAGAGUAAUUUAAGUGGGGACAAAAAUAAAAGUAAAAAUUUUAGGGAUAAAUGAAAUUUGAAUCAGAUCUUCUCUGGCAGGUUUUGAAAAUGCCGCGAUUUUACGGUAUAGAUACUCAAUAACUUUCGGUAAAAGUUUGGAAAUUUUUACUGUAGUAUUCUGGUAACUGUACAGCAUAAAUAUAGUAAAUAAAAAACUGACCAAUCCCUAGCGAAUUCGAAUUACGGUAAAUUACUGUAUUUUUUUACAAAAUACCUGAUCGCUUCGGCAAAUUCGCCGCAUUAUGCGGUAAUUAACCGCAAGUGACCGCAAUUUGCUGCAUUCUUACCGUAAACACGGUACAGUACUUCAUUUUACGGUAAAAUACUGGAGUUUUGCCGUAAAUCCGCAUGUUCACGAUGAAAUAUCGCAAUCCUACUGCACUUUUGCGGUAAAAUACCGCAACAUUGCAGCAAAUUUACGGUAAAUUAUCGCGCCCUUGCCGUAAAAUACCGUAAUGCACGGUAAUUUAUCCAAAUACCGUAAACGCAACUUUACUUUAUUGUAGAGUACUGCAAUUUUGCAAUAAAUCUACAACUUCACAAGGAAAUAUCGAAUUUUUACCGUAAUAUACCCAUAAAUUAUAGCAAAUUUACGGUAAAUUACCGCGCCCUUGCCGUGAAAUACCGUAAUUUACUGUAAUUUAUUCAAAUACCGUAAACACGACUUUACUUAACUGUAUAAAACUGUAAUUUUGCAGUAAAUCUACACCUUCACAACAAAAUACCAAAAUUUAACCGUAAAAUGCUCCUGUAGUUUAACAAGUUUACAUUAAAUUACCGCAGCUUUAUAGCAAAAUACUGGAAUUUAUUGUAAUUUUUCCGAAUACCGUUGUCACGAUUUCACUUUACGAUAGAAAACUGUAGUUUUGCAAUAAAUCUGCACCUUCACAACAAACUAUCAAAAUUUUACCGUAAAAUGCCCCUGCAUUUUAUCAAAUUUACGGUAAAUUUCCGCAGCUUUGUAGCGAAAUACCGUAAUUUACUGUAAUUUUGCCGAAUACCGUAAACACGACUUGACUUUACGAUAGAAAACUGUAAUUUUGUAGAAAAUCUACACCUUAACAACCAAAUACCGCAAUCGUACCGUAAAAUGUCCCGGUAUUUUAACACAUUUACGGUUAAUGACUGCAGCUUUUUAGCAAAAUACCGGAAUUUACUGUAAUUUUUCCAAAUACCAUUGUCACGAUUUUACUUUACUGUAGAAAACUGUAAUUUUGUAGUAAAUCUGCACCUUUACAACGAAAUACCGCAUUUUUACGGUAAAAUUCCCCAGAACUGUAGCAAAUUUGCGGUAAAUUACCGAACUUUGGCCAUAAAAUACCGAAAUUUACUGUAAUUUUUCCUAAUACGAAUUUACGGCAUGCGCACAAGUCAAAAAUUGGCGGCAUUUUCAAAACUGCGAGUGGGAUUUAUUUUAUAUUAAGACUGAGCAUUAUAUUGACUGUACUUAAUUUGCUUUUUUUUUUAUAUAAAAAUAAUAAUAAUAAGAAAAAAGUAAUUGAUUGCCUCGAUAACAUUUUAUGGAAAGCCUCGAUCUAGAUUUUUUUUUUGUUGCCUUUUAUCGAUCUCGUUGUUUGUUGUAUGUCUUUAUCGAUUAAUUAAAUCGCGUGGAAAAAAACCGGUUGUUGCGAGCAGUAAAUUUAAAAAUCGCGUCAAUUGUAAGGUUAAUAAAAAUAAUAUAAUAAAUUUAUCAUUUUAUUAAACUCAAUUACAUACUUGUAAUUAGAUAUUAAUUGAAUAAUAAUGAUAAUAAUUAAAUAUGCUAAGAUAUUAAUGAAGUGUAAUGCAAUAUGUAGAUUUUAAUACUGAUAAUUUAUAAUAAUAAUAAUAAUAAUAAUUUUAAUUAAAUGCAGCGUAAAUUUAAUCACGAUCACUGUGACGGUUACUUAAUAAUCUGAUUAAUAUUUAAAUCAUGUAAUAGUUCAUUAUUAUUAAUUUACAAGCUGUUUAUUUAAGAUAUUAAUCGGUUGGAAAGAAAUUAUCAAGUUUCCUUAUUUUUAAAAAUUCGCGCCAAUAAUUUUGAAAUUUUUUUAUAAGAAAUUAAUUUUUUAAGAAUCGAUUUACUGUUAAAAAUUAAAUGAUCCUCAAGUUAACAGACGAUUAACUAUUUUCGGAUUUUUUUUUAAACGUAUAAAAUUCAAAAAAAUAAAAACUAAAAAAAUGCACAUGUAGGGAAUUUAAAAAACUAAAGGUGCAAUUUUUUAAAAUAUUUUUUUUUUCAUAAAUUAUUGUUUAAAAAAAAAAUCCAAAAAUAAUUGGACUGUCUAAUUAUAGAAAAUUAUGAUACUGAAGUUAGCAGAAGUCUAAGACUUUUUGGAUUUUUUUUUAGACGAUAAAACAUAAAAAAAAAAAUAUUUGAAAAAAUUGCACCUGUAGUUUUUUGAAUUUUCUACAUCUGCAUAUUUUUAUUUUAUUUCUUUACAAUUGAUUUGUUGAAAUACGAAAAUUCAAAAAUUUUUAAAUGUCUGCUAACUUCAGGAUCAUAGAAAAUUACCAGACAUCGAAGUAAAAAAAUUUUGUCGUAACUACAAAAUUUGAGGUUAAAAUUUUUUGAACUUCUCCCAGAGAGAAUAAGCUUCGAAAUCACCCCCACUAGGAUAAUUUUUAUACUGCGCAUGCGCAAAAAGUGGGGAAAUAUUUCGCUCAUAGAGAGCAGAGUGAGGGUAAAACCCGAAAACACCCGACGUACUCCUGUAUUUGACAAAAUGGCGGCUGUACUAUAAUGGCGGGGCGCCAAAUUAUGCGCAAAUAUUUUAAUUUUUAGUUAAUGAGUAAAUUUUAAACAAAAUUACUCAAGGGAAUAAAACAGAAAAUUAAUAAAUGAAAUUUUUUUAAUAAAAUUGGAGAGCAAGAUAAAAAUCACUCUCUUAUAUAAUUAAAUAUUUAUGUAAUAUUUUUUUUUUUUUUUACUAACAUUUUUGAAAUUCAGCGGUGCCCUAAUUAAUUUACUAGAAAAAAAUUAUUUUAAAUUAU